AAACUUUAAAGUUCAAGCACUUGACAACGAACCCAAGGCCUGAAGAGACCAUGUUCUGGAAUCUGCAGAACGUCCGAUUGAAACGAUGGAAAGGGGUUUCCAUGAGGUUAUUGUAAUCUGCAAUCUCAACCUCUGUAAGCGAUCUACGAAAAGUAAUAUUCCAUGCAGAAACACGAACAGUCCCAAAAUUCUGACAAAGAGCGAUUUGGGAGAGAGGAGAUGCUGAAUAGAUGGGGAAAUCUGUUCUUUAAGGCAGGGAAUCCAAUAUAAUGAUCAUGCCAAAGAGGAGAUUCUUCACCAUUCUCCAAAGAAAAGGUAACCAUAAAUGCAAGUUCUAGAAAUUCUUAUCCAUGCGGAAACUAGAAUUCGAUCUCCCAAGAGUAUGCCGAUCAAAAACAUCGGACCAGUGAGUACUAGAAAUCACCUUCUUCCUAAGAGAACGCGGCUCAUUGAAGUACCGCCAACCCCAGUUAGCAAUCAAAGCUAUCUCCGGCGACUGCAGAAGGCUAGAAACGGUGAGGAAAGGAGGCGGAGAGAGGAGAGGAGAGAGCAUUUCCUCGGCAGAGAUUGCAAUACUUCCGGCACACAGUCGAUCACUGAGAACCGCAGCAUUAAAAUCAAUAUCAGUUUUUCUACAUGUACCGAUCCCAUUAACGUGCACCCCUACCAGUAUCUGCAUACUCAAAAAGGGGAAACUGAAUGCAUGAUAGCUGACAUGCUAGAUGCGGGUAUUAUUCAAAUAAAUGAAAUGGUCAAUCCUCCGGUUGGAUGGUUGAUUCCGAACUCUUCUUCAGCCCUACUGAGCACGUCCAAAAAUGAAGGAUGGAAUAUUACAAAGUCAAAAUGCAAGUGAAUAGAAAAAUUGGGGGGAAAAUGGUAACAAAUAUGACAGAUUUCCCUUUGCUCUUCAUUUUUCAAGAUGCGUAUGUUGCAGUGAGUAUGUUGCAGUGAGUUCAUUGAAGGCGUCUUCUUUGUAAGGAAUUGUGAGGCUCCCCGAUGAGGAUGAUAAAAACCAAACUCUUCUUCUACGUGGCUGAGCCGUUGCUGGAAUGAUGGGUGGUUUAAGUAAGAUAUCGGAACACACAAAAUCGGUUGAGAAGGAACCAAAAAUUGGCAUAACGAUCCAAUUAUAUGCAGAAUCGUAUAAUUAUUGAAACUCCUCAGUCCUUGCUUAGUACAUUAAGCAUCGAUUAACUGUGAAGCCUACCAAUUUAAACGAGCUUUUAGUUGACGUUUAGAAACGGUUGUGCAGCAUUCACUCUCAGUACCAAGUGAAUCAGCCAACUCAAAAUUGUGUCGCCUACGGCCUGAAGAUGUAUGUUCAAGCUUCUGGCCUCGUUUGAGAAUAAGUUUUUAGAAAACGGGUAGAGAGAUUUUUGAAAAAGGGUUUGAAAGCAAGAUUAAAAGAAAGGUUGAAAAGCAACCUAACGACUUUAAUAACAUAUAACUCUGGGUUAUGAAAAAUUGAAGACUAGUCACAUCCUCUUAUAGUACAUUUUGAGACAUU